AUGGCGAACCCAAACCCUAUUUUCUUGAAAGUGCGUUUGCACUAUAAUGAUGUUUUUACAAGACACCCAUAUAGAUAUACUGGAGGUGAUACGUUCAUGUUUACUGAUCAUGAUUUCUCUGGAAUGGAUUUACAUGGGUGUUGUGAAUUUCUUGAAUGGUUUGUCGGAGAGCCUUUUGAGAAACUUUAUUACUUAGCACAUGAUCAAACUAUGGCAAAUGGUCUUACGUUCGAUGAAGAAAGUGAUGAAAGUGGUUCAGUGAUCCAGGAGGAUGACAAAGAACCUUCACAGGGAAUCCAUGAUCCUGAGCUAGCCUAUAUGUUUGAUGUUGGUUUGGAAGAUGAAAUCAAUGGGGAAUAUUGGACGCCUCUAAACAAGACCAAGGACAAUGAGUUUCUUAACAAGUUAUGUCCAGAAGGUGGAGAAGAGAAAAAUGUUGAGACCCAAAUGGAUAAUAUUGAGGAAUUGGACAAUAAUGUUCUUAAGGAACAUCUUAUCUUUAAUCCUCAGGCUCAAAAAGUGGAGAAAAGGAUUGCAGAAGUGGCAAGUGGAAAUGGGACAAGAAUGGAAGGUGGGGAUACACAUGGUGAAAAUGUGAAGAAAAGGACUGCAGAAGUGGGAAAUGGAAGUUGGACAAGAAUGGAAGGUGGGGAUUCACAAUGUACUAAGGAGAGUGGGACUACACAAGUGACAAGGGAGAGGGGUAAUGUUGUACUUCCCCAUGUUAAGAGGAGGAAAAGGAGUGAAAUGAUCAUCAAGAAAAAAUUAACAACCCAAAUUAUAGGAAAGAAUGGAGAGGGGAACACUUUAGAAAAACCUGUCAACUUAAUGUAG